AUCACAUUGAAAGGCGGUGCUGGCUCGAAGGGCCGAAUGGCCUACUCCUGCACCAAUUUCAUUCAGACUUCGGUUUGAAUGACAAUAAAGGCUAUCUAAUCUAAUCUAAUCUAAUCUAUUGUCUAUUGUCUAUUGUCUAUUGUCUAUUGUCAUACUUGGUACAAGAUACAAGAUACAAGAUACAUUUAAUUGUCAUUUGUAAUGGUAUAAGUGUAAAUUGUCCCUAUUGUGUGUAGGCUUGUGUUAGUAUGCGGGGAUCGCUGGUCGGCACAGACAUGGUGGGCCGAAGGGCCUGUUUCUGCACUGUAUCUCCAAACUAAACAAAAAUAAACUGAAGAACCUUAAAGGGAGGGUGGGGAGGAAAUAUCCUCCUGUGAUUCAUAUCGUAGAAAUUCAUUAUUUUCCAAGAUUAGGAGUAAUUUGGGUGUGAUGUGGAUUUUAUAAAGCAAGGCUGGUGGCUUCUGAACAUUGCACUGAAUUCUACUUACAGCCAGACCUUGCUGGAGCAUAACCAGAACCGAUUUAGACUUCACGCUCCUGAAAUAGAAAGAAUAUUCCAGCAGUGACAUUAAGCGGUGAGGACACUGUCCAGCAAGUGACAAACAUACAGCUAACUCUGCUGCUCCUGUACAAUUCAGUGUUCCAAACAGGUUUUGCGCUCUUCCAAAGAAUGACGUCUCCGCAGAUAGCCUCGCUGUCCUGGGGUCGGAUGAAGGUCCGGGACUGUGCCACGGCGUACAAGGACUGCAAGGUGUGGCCAGGGGGAAGUCGACCCUGGGACUGGAGAGAGACGGGGACUGACCAUUACCCUGGAGUCCAGGCAGCGGAUGUGGAGGAAAUCGUUAACAAAGGGAUUCGGACGCUAGUUAUUGGCUGUGGGAUGAGUGAGGCCUUGCAGGUUCCCUCCGCAACUCUCGAUUACCUGCGGAACAAAGGUGUCGACGUGAAAGUGCUUCAGACCCAGGUGGCCGUGCGAGAGUACAACGCAUUGGCCGGGGGAGGGGCGCGGGUGGGUGGGGUCUUCCAUUCCACCUGCUGAGGACAAUAGACAACAGGUGCAGGAGUAGGCCGUUCGGCCCCUCGAGCCAGCACCGCCAUUCAAUGUGAUCAUGGCUGAUCAUCCCCAAUCAGUACCCCGUUCCUGCCUUCUCCCCAUAUCCCCUGACUCCGCUAUCUUUAAGAGCCUUAUCUCUUGAAAGCAUCCAGAGAACCGGCCUCCACCGCCCUCUGAGGCAGAGAAUUCCACAGACUCACAACUCUCUGUGAGAAAAAGUGUUUCCUGGUCUCCGUUCUAAAUGGCUUACCCCUUAUUCUGAAACCGUGGCCCCUGGUUCUGGACUCCCCCAACAUCGGGGACAUGUUUCCUGCCUCUAGCAUGUCCAAACCCUUAAUAAUCUUAUAUGUUUCAAUGAGAUAACCUCUCAUCCUUCUGAACUGCAGAGUGUACAUGCCCAGCCGCUCCAUUCUCUCAGCUUACAACAGCUAUAACCCAGCCCGGAACGCAGAGUGCUGGAGUAACUCAGCCGGUCAUAGUACAGCCCUUCCCCUGCUAUGCCAAUGGCCAGGCACCCCUGGGUCCUAAUGCCCUUCCUUCUCUGCCAACCAUUAGACACAGAUGAGUCCUACCAUCCUCAGCCUGCUAUGCCA